UUUCAAAAUGGUAAUAAAGCCACAUACAAAUAAAACGAUUUUUCACUUUUAAAGUAAGAUGAUCUUACGUUAAAUACACGCACUACACCAGCAGCGGUAAGUAAGCGACAGCUGGACUUCGGUUGUAUCGCCUCAGUCAUUUCUCAUUGGUAAGGAAUGCUUGUCUUUCGAAAGAACGGAAGUGAGCCGACCAUUUUGAGAGCCUGCACCGCUUAGAGCGAUGGAGAAGAGCCACACGGUGAAGCUCUUUGUGGGCAACCUGCCGCUGGACACCAGCCAGGAGGAGCUGUCGGCCAUCUUCGAGUCGUACGGCCAGGUGGUCAGCUGCAGCGUGCUGCGGCAGUUUGCCUUCGUGCACCUGGCCGGCCAGGGCGCGGCCGAGCGCGCCAUCCGGGAGCUCAAUGGCCGUGAGUUCCGUGGGCGCAAUCUGGUGGUGGAGGAGUCGCGUGGGCGCCCACUCCACUCAACCAAGGUGUUUGUGGGCAACCUGAGUGGCAUGUGCACCACCGAAGACCUCCAGGAGCUCUUUCAGACCUUUGGCAAAGUGCUGGAGUGCGACAAGGUCAAAGCCAGGCUCUCGUCCUCCACAGGCUACGCCUUCGUCCACAUGGAGAACAAGGAGGACGCGCUGAAGGCCAUCGAGGCGCUCCACGGCACCUCCUUCAAGGGACGUCCGCUCUCCGUGGAGCUCUCCAAAGUGCAGCCCAACAAGCAAGCGCCAACGGGCAAGAUCCCCUGCGUGAGCUGCGGCAAGCAGGGCCACUACGCCGGCGAGUGCCCGGCGGGCAAGGCCUCGUCGCUGGAGCAGUACCAGAGCCAGGCGGCCGUGCUGGCGGCGGCGGCGGCCGCGGCGGCAGGCUUGCCGCUGCAGGUGCAGCAGAGCGUGCACAACUCGGUGUACAACACGUCGACGUUCGACCCGACCUACGCGGCGCUGACUGGACUGACGGCGGGCACGGGCGCCCGGUCGGAGGGGAGCGCGCUGGCCCCGGCGGUCUACGGCGCGCUGGCCAGCCAGGUCUACGGCAGCGUGGCCAACCCGCUCUACGGGUCGGUGGCGGCCAACCAGGUGGCGGCCGCACAACUUAACCACGCGCUCAACCCGGCGGCGGCGGCCGCCGCACAGAUGUACGGCUCGAUGAGCCCCGCCCUGGCGUACGGCCAGAUGACCAGCCAAGCGGCGCUGGCCUCUGCGGCCGCCGCCGCUGGCUAUGGCCACCAAGUCUACGCCCCGGCCAUGGCCAACCAGGUGUUUCUGGCCGCCCCGGGCAUGGAGCUGCAAACCGCCCAGCAGGUCAACCAGGCGUACACCAUGGCGCCGACGCUCUACACCACCACGCCGGCGGGCUACGCGGCCCUGGGCGCCGCUGACCACAACGCGCUCCUGGAGGCCGCGCGGGCGCACUACCUGGCACAGGGCCAGCAGGUGCUCGCCGAGCAGCACGCUGCCGCCGCCGCCGCCGGCGCCAAGGCCGAGAGGGACCGCAGCCCGCUCCGGCGGUCGGCGCCACUGCUGCCGGACCCCGUCAUGAAGCCCUUCAUGUACCAGCGGGCCAAACGCCGCGCACUGCUGCCCACGCCGGCCGGACGUGAGGAGGCCGCACAGGAGGAGGACGCGAUGGCCAGGUACUACAGCGAGUACUACCAGCAGCUGCAGCAGUACCCCCAGUACCAGUAUGCCUACCCGCCCCCGGGGGCCCUGGCCAUGCAAGGCCUGACCACGCUGCCCGCUGCCGCUGCCGCCGCCGCUGCUGCCGCCGGCGCGGUGCCCGCCGCCCCGACGGCUGCCGCCAUGGCCACCACGCUGGACGCCCUCAGGCCAGUGCCGCUGCCCCCUCCUCCUCCCGCCCCCCCUGCCCCUGUCUCUGCUCCCCCCCCUCCUGUUGUCGCCUCUGCCGCCGCCGUCGCCAUGGCCACACCCCACCACCAGCUCCACCACCACCACCACCGCCUGUACGAGCCACCGCCGCCGUCGCUGCCGCCUCCUGCGCCCCAGGCGCGCAAGGACGCCCUCCUGCGCCCGCUGCACACGCCCGAUGCCCCCUACCGAUAGCUCCCGUGUUUUGACCUUUGACCUCUUGAUCUGAAACCGCCCCCUCCCCUCCCCUCUCCCUACUCCCCCUCCCCCCAAAAAAACCUCCCCACCAACCCCACGCCCAUUCAUCCCCCCUAGAACCCGCAAACUGGCUGUGUGAGUGAAUGAAGGAAUGUGUGUAUGUAGUAAUGGGUCUAUACCUGUUUAUAUGUGUGUGUGUGUAUGUAUGUAUGUGUGAGGGGGCCUGUUAUGUAUGGUAAUGUUAUGAAUGUUGAUUUCAGUGUGUGUGUGUGUGUGUGUGUGUGUGUGUGUGUGUGUGUGUGUGUGUGUUGGGGCGUUAAAAAGGUUGGCUCCCUCUGUUCUCUCAUAAACUGGACUCCUGACCUUGGUUCUGGUACCACGUGCACAUGGGAGACACUCAGCCCUCUCCUCCUCUUUUUCUCUUUCUUUGUUUUUAGACUUUUUCAACUUGCGUGUUUUUUUUUUUGGAGAAAAAAAAAAAAAACAUGGCAAGUUGUAGCAUUCAUGUAGCACAAGUGCUAAAAUAGUUUAGUUUUGUGUGACGUUUUACACUCUAUUCACCAGCCAUGAAUUUUGUACUGGUUUACAUUUUGAUGUCAUGAAGAAUCAUGACAGUUUAAUGAAUGUCACGAAGGAGAGAUACUUGAUUUUUCUUAGACACAUUUUUGAAAUGGAGAACUGUAAAAGUCUGUGCAAAGGGCGUUAGUUCCCUCAUAGUAGAAGUAUCAUGGGAGAUAAAAAAAAGCGCAUGUUUUACCCAGAACCAGGGUUGGGCUUUCAGAUGGUUCUUUUAUUGUUUUAUUUCUGUUGAUGUGCCAUAAAACUCUGGCCAUGUUUUGUGGGAGUGUGUGUGUGUGUGCCUGUGUUUGUUUGUGUGUAUGUAUGUAUGUGUGUGACGAGUUUGCUUAAGGCUGUCAGAGACACACACUUAUAACUAUAAGGGAAAUGCUUAAAGUGCUUCACUGAUACACACACAUGCAUAUUUUUGUACAACUUUAACAUUGGGAGGCUGAGGAUGCCCUUUUAAAUACAGUGCCCCCUGAAUUCCCCCCCAAACCCCCAACCCCUAAACAUCUGACCUCUCCACCAACCAAAAUGCUGAAAGACACUGUGACUCUCAUGCAUUGCACCUCACCAGGCAGGGCGUAGCCUAUGAGAGAAGAGGGUGGUCAGAGGUAGGCGGUAUUAGCCUAUCAGAUGAAAUAUAUGGCCAAGGGUUAACCAAUCAGAGGAGGCCAUGUGUAGUCUAUAAAGGAGGCUGUUGCACGUCAAUAAUCAUUAAUAGGAGGUUAUGCUCAAUCGAUAACCUAUAGGAGAGCAUAAUUAAGGGAUAGCCUAUUAUGGGAGGCUUUUGCCAGGGCAUAGCCAAUCAGAGGAGAGUAUGGACAACUUUGGAGCCUUUACUAGCGUUCCAUAUUUCCCACUUUGGCCAGCAAUCCACCACUAAACUGCCAUUAGCACGUUUUUAGGAUGUAAUUAAAUCAACGUGGCAUCUCUGAACAUUAUGUCUGUAACACUUUAAACUUUUACUGUUUUUUUGUUUUGUUUUUGUUUUUUCGUUUUGGUCUUUGUGUUUUUGUAACUAGGAAGGGACACUUCAUAACCAAUUAAAUACUGUAGGGUUUUUUUGUAACGGUUCAAAUUAGUGGGCCUGUUUGCCUGUGGCUGUUUAAAGCAAGGGCAGCACCUUGUGAUUAUGUACAUGGCCAAAAUUAAUCUCUCUGUCUUCUGUCUCUGAAACCUCCAGCCCAGUAUGAGGCAGGAGUUGCUUAAUCGUGAAUAAUGCCUUAGUAAUGGACUGUACAUAGGUCUUUUUUUUCUAUUGUAGGUGCUGAACUGCAGUUUAACAAUGUGAAACGUGAGGGGAAAAACCUUGCCUGAUUUAUUUUUUUUUUUGUAUUUUUUUUUUAUCAUCAUUUAAGUUGUAUUGUGAUGCAGUGGAAUGAGAUUAAAUAUGAAAUGUUGGGAGAUUUUAACAUCAGUUUCUUUCAGUUUUCUCUUUCUCCCCCCCCCCCCCCCCCCCUUCACUGCUGCUCAUUCACAGACCUAGAUGCUUCUUGGUUGUGCAAACGUCCUCCUUUCUUCCCUUCCUCUCUCACUUAUUCUCUCUCUUUUGAAUAUCUCUUUCCCUUUUUCUGUUGAUGUGUGUCUUUUUUCCAUCUUUUCCUCGUGGUUGACGAUUCCUAACCUCUAUAAGCACAUGACUCCUGACACCACAGCAAACCACACACUCUUCCUUGAUGAACGUCACCUUGUAAAGUAACACAGUCUUUGAGGACUAAAAAACAAUUAAUGUCCUCGACAAACGUUUAGACACACGCUUGCGUAUCACCAUGAGGUGCUUUUAAAAGCUAGACAAGUAUUUGUUGGAUGAGACUAAUUCAAAAAGAGUGUCUUUUUUAUUUCGUUGUUGUUUUAAAGCCUCCAUACCUGUGUUCACUUGUCCCACCUUCCCUUUCUCCUCUCUUGUGAAAUGACCCCAGCGGCCGCACGGGACUCGGGUGAAAUGGACAAAGACCCCUGUAUGUGACCUUAUUCUCCCCUAUCCCACCUUACCCCUCACGGGGGCCCCUCCACUGGGGGUGAUGGGGUAAGUCUCGGCCUGGGGUACCAGCUUUCUCCUCUCCUCCGUUUUCUCUUCCUCUCUCUCUCCCUGUCUAUAAGUCAUCUCUUUCUCUGUCUCUAUAUACACACACUUCCUCAUGCUGAAAUUCUGUACCGGGAGGGAGGUGUCCUAUUUUUUUUAUUUUAUUUUUUCCUUUAAGGGUUUCACCCAGACCCAUAAAGUGGUUCUCCCUCGAUACUGCCGUGCAACCUGGACCUCUUAUCUUGCAACUCAAAAACAAAUGUAGCUCCAAGGGAGGUCCCCAAAACGCUGCCAUUGGCUUGCCUCUGUUUUUCCACAUUUGUGAAAACAAGUGCAUUGCUUCAGAGGAAUUAGGGUUUCCUCUUGCGCAAAGGGAGGCUCACACGAACACACACACGUGUGUACACACACACACACACACACACACACAUCUACAGAUGUGCCAGUAAAGCUAUCACGUUUUGUGUUUGUGCUCUCAGCAGCGAUUGCCCUCACCCUCCUCCUCCUCCACCUCCUCCUCCUCCUCCACAUGCUGCUGUUCUAGUUGUUGGUGUGGUUUUUAAGUGGGUGUCCUAUCGUCCGUAGCAUUCAGGGUGUGUCCCUUUUCUCUGUGCCCGAGGCAUGCUGUCUGGUUUGUGCUCCUGAUAAUCCAAGUCACCACCACUGACUUCCCCAUGUCCCCUCCGGCUGCAAUAGGUCCGCCUGACUCGGUGGGAUCAUGGCGUUGUGUUAACGCAAAAGGCAAGGCGGGGGAAGGCAAUUAAAGCAUUCCACCGAAAACCAGCGCGGCCAGGGAACUCUCUCGACGCCAAGGUAACGACCAAGCCCCGUGCCGCCAACCUCAUGACAACCUCCUACUCUUCCUCCUCCUCCUCCUCCUCCUCCUACCGCCCCCCCCCCCCUUCCCUCGUCUGUCUCACCCGUACCCUCCUACCCCAACCAGAGCCUGCGCCUUGACAACUGCUCCCGCCCUCCUCAUCCCCCUGCCCCACCCCCUCUCUCUGUACUUCCUGCGUGGGCUUUGGUGUGACCAAGGUUAUGGGUUGCGUUCGACUGCCCGUUCUUGCACACGGCAGCCUCUCCCGCGAGGUUCCCCCCCCCCCACCCCCCCCCUCGAGUGUGUGCCCUCAGCCCGGCUUCUGACUGACUGUGUGACUGACUGCUUCCAACUGCCGCCUGCUGGUCGUCCGAUGGUGUGUGAGCGAAAGAGAGAGCAAGCGAGAGAGCAAGCGAAAGCCCCCCCAUCCCCACCCUACCCUCCCUGUGUGUUCCCUUUUUUACGAAGUGAGUGAGCUGGUGAGGUUCUUCCCAGGGUGUCAAAAAAACUGCUUGGCUCGAUGUGGACCCUCCUACCUCUCUCCCCAACCCUGCCCACCCCCACCCGACCCCGUUUGCCUGACCUGAUGGGAUCUGGACUAGCUCUGGAAGAGGUCUGGCCUGGACCUCGUACAAAUGCGUACCUGAUCACGACCAGAUCUAUUUCAAAGCUACCAUCUGGGCUGGGUUUUUUGUUGUUGUUUUUUUUACCUUUGCUAGUGAAAAGUUACUCCUUUUCCGCCGUUUUCGCCUGAAGCACCCCCACCCCGCUCCCCCUUCCGCCACCAACCCACACACCCCCACCCCCACACCCAGUCUGACCGCCGCCACCGUCGACGCGCUCUUGGAAAAUUGCCCCCCCCCCCCCCCCAAUUAUACCAGCACCAAGUUACACUGCCUCAUUUUGCUGGCAUACCCAGCUCACUUGGCACCAGUUCUAAGAUACUGCCCCGUGUCUGAUACACACACACACACACACACACACACACACACACACACUCCUCUAUCCAGGACUCUGUAGCUGACCACUUUGACGCUUUUUUUUUUUUUUUUUUUCCAUUUAUGCCUUGUCUGUACAUGGUUCAAGCCAGUCCAUAUCAAUGUCCACUACCUCCUCGCUCAGUCAUGGAACCUCCUAGUCAACUUUUGUCUUUCAGACAACAUACUUCUAUUGGUAUAGACCACUGUGAACUCUGUUGUACGCUUCCUAACCUGUCCCAGCAGUUGCAAAACAACACAAGAAAAUAAAGAAAAAUGCAUUUAGACAGGAGGACCUUAGCAGCCCUUCCUUUGUCCACAACUCCAGUUACACAUUUGGGAACUUUCUACAGCACAUGACGCCCUAGACCCUGUCCCAACCAAUCCUGUCCCCACACCUUGCAAUCUGCAUCUGCCUGUUAUAGAGUCUGUACUGUGUGUGUGUGUGUGUGUGUGUGUGUGUUGUCUUAUGUCAGUGGUUUGUGAGGAGACUCCCUUUUCUCUGUGGUGGCAAAGCGUGUACACACACACACACACACACACACACACACACACACACACACACACACACACACACACACACACACACAGUCUCUCCAAAGCCCCACUCCAUCUUAAAGACAAAUUAAAGAGAAAAAAAAACUCUCUAACACACAUGUGCCCUGAACAGCUUGGCAGGCGAGGCUGGUGAAAGGAAGGAAGGAGUGGAGGAGUGGAUGAAGGGAUUGUUAUGGAUGGAGGGGAGGAUAGAUAGAGGAAAGGUGAGUACCCCGAGCAUGGAUCACCUCUUCCAGGCCAUUCCUACCUAUGUCCUGCACCGCCCUGGCUGUGGAGACUAGCCCCCCCCCUCCCACACCCCUCCCAAGUCCUUGAAUGGUGUUCAGCUCCGUAGGGUACCGCAAAGCAGGGCCUUCCAUCUCCUCCUCUGGUGUGUGGAGUUGGGUGUUUUUUGGGUUUUACUUGGUAGCACCAGUUGGCUAUGAAGUAAGCUCUAGUGAAUCAAUAGUAAAGGAAAACACUUUCUCUGCUCAGAGUUUGACGCAGAAGCACCUUUUCAAUGAACACACCAGGGUAGGAUAUGUGCUUCUCUGCCUUCCUCUGCAACCAAAAAUGAUAUCACCAGGCUGGCUCAAUGUUUUAGUUGUUAGCUGGCUAACUCUAGUAAACAUACUGAAGACAAACAUGCUUUUGCUGUCAAAGGCUUCAAACUCCAUAAGCCUUGAAUUUCUAUUUGUUUUUACAUGAACAAUGUACAGUUAACAUCAUUCACAACAGGAGAAAGGUAAGAGGUCUAUAUCAGUACUUUCUGGAGAUGGCUAGCUAACUUUUAAACAUGCUUUGUGAUCUAAAACACAGGGCUUGAUUUGUUUAUGUGGUUCUCCUUUACACGGAGGCAGUGACCUGUUCCUAGACAUCCCCCAUCCCAAGUCUUCUUCUGUCUGACUGGUGUACGUUUUAUUGCUGAGCAAGCAAAUCCUCCACCGAGGAUCAAUGCCACCCCAUCUCUCUCUCUCUCUACCUCCCUCUUUCUCUCUUUCUACUUCCUCUCUCUACCUCUCUCUCUCUACCUGCCUCUCUCUCUCUGUCUACCUCUCUCUCUCUCUCUACCUCUACACUGCUCCUCCUCUCUCUCUCUCUCUCUGUCUCUCUCUCUCUCUCUCUACCUCUACACUGCUCCCCCUCUCUGUGCACUGGAUGGCUAACACGAGCCUAGCCAGUUACACUUGUCCAGAAGGCAGCGGACUCUGGCUCAGAUCUGGCCCUUCUCUGGCUCAGAUCUGCUCUUGAGGAAGCUGCUGUGUUUUUUUUUUUUUUUUUUAUGUGCCCUGUCACGUGUAGUCCCUGACUAGCUGCCAUGGUCUCUCGCUAGUAGCAAGCCACAUAUAUGUGUGUGUGUGUGUGUGUGUGUGUGUGUGUCUGGUCAAGAUAAGUCCCAUCCUGUAUCCUCAGCAUAAUAGUUUCAUUAGAGAAACCAUGAAUGUGUUUUUAGAAAUACAGGUAAAAAAAUAAGAAAACAAUUCUAUUGCAGGCAAUAGGAUGCAUAUAAUUUGUCAUUUGUAAUGGUUGCCUUUUACAUGGAGAGAUGAUGGAGCAUGUUUUGAAGAGGUGCAUAAAAUGGCAAUACCUCAUGUCUGUGACAAAAAUGUACACUCCUGUUACCUCGUCUGCAUGAGUUCAAAUUUGUUAUCAUCUGCAUGCUGAUCUCUAAAUAAACCACUUGGAUUAAAAGGGA